UAUUUUUUUUAAUUUAAAAAUAUGUGUAUAUUAUUCAUUUUCGUCGACACAAAUCCAAAAAAGGGCUCAUAUAGACUUAUAAUAGCCUCAAAUCGGGACGAAUAUUAUCGCAGGCCAGCAGAUAUAGCCCGUUUUUUUCCAAAUGAUAAUAUUAUAGCAGGUAGAGACAUGGAAAAAGGAAGAGAGGGGGGUACAUGGUUAGGCGUUUCGUUGAGAAAAUGCGAAAAAUUCAAGUUUCGUUUCGGGGCUUUGUUAAACGUUACUGGCGAAGAUAGAAAACAGAAUGCAAAAGGACGAGGAAAUAUUGUCAUGGAUUUUAUUAAACAUGAAUUAACCGGUGCCGAAUAUGUUAAUAAACUGUACUCUGACGAUACUCAUAAUGCAUUCAAUUUCGUUGCAGUCGAACUUAGGGAAGAUUCAGCAUCAACGUUUCACUUAAGCAAUUCUCCACCAAAUAUUGCUGAAUUUCAGGGUUCUAAAAUAUUGGGGUUCGGGAACAGUCCAUUAAAUUCACCAUUAACAAAAGUCAAAAAUGGAACAACACGAUUUUCAGAAAUUAUUUCGAAAUGUAAUAGUGUAAGCCAAGGAGAACAGUUAAAAGACGAAUUAAUAUCGUUGUUAAAGUCGGAAGAACGGCAUCUGCCUGAUCCAGAAUUGCAAAAGAGGGCGCCAAAUGCUUAUGAAGAACUAAGUUCAGUCUUUGUAGAAAUUCAAAAUUCGUAUGGUACAAGAACACACAGUAUUGUUUUGGUAACUGACGAAUGGAAAGUGGAGUUUGUAGAAGAAACAAUUGAAGAACCCUACAACCCUGAAGCACCUGUUUGGAAUAAACAAACUAUUAAAUCAAAUUUGUAGUUAUUUUUUUUUUUUGACAAAAUAGUGUAAAGGUUUUGGCUGUAUUUAA